AUGAGUUUCCUGAUAGCGAAAAAAGAACGUCAAAGUCUGACCCUAGGGAGGCCAAAUGUUUGCGAAGAACAGCAGCUGACUGUGGUGGGGCUACCACACCCGUGUGUCCAAGCAUUCACGCUCACCAUCAAGAUCUGGAACGGCUGCAGUGGCCCAUGGUGGUGUGUGAGUUAUGAAAGAAGGACCUGGUACUACACCAUCUACAGACAGUCAUACAGCAUGGAGCGGCAGACCAUCUACAGGCGCUGCCCUGGUUGGAGCUGGCAGGACAAUGAACCUGACUGUCUAUGCUCUGUCUCUGCAGUGGGGACUUGUUUCCAUGGGGAGAGAUGCUCAGAGGGUGAAGUCCGGCAGUGCCAGUGUUCCGAGGGUUUUCAGGGACCCCGCUGUCAAUACGAAGAGAAUAUGCAUUUAAGUGCUACCUUGACUUAAAACUUUCUACAAAGAAAUGUUGAUGAAUGUACGGUAGUGAGUGGAGGCUGCCAACAGCGCUGUAUUAACACCCUGGGCACCUUCCAUUGUGCAUGUGAUACGGGGUACAGUCUCCAUGCUGAUGAACGCACCUGCAUAACGAUGGACCCCUGCAUGGGUGGAAAUGGAUGUGCUCACAUCUGUCAGAGUCAGCAUGGCGUGGCCAGGAGUGCCUGUCACCCAGGGUACCAGCUGUCUGAAUACAAAAAGGCCUGUGCAGAUGUAAACGAGUGUGCUGAAGGGCUUGCUUCCUGCCGCCAUCGCUGUGUGAACACAGUGAAAUCUUUCACUUGUGCCUGCCACCCUGGUUUUGAGCUGGGAGCUGAUGGAAAACAGUGUUCAAGGAUUGAAUUGGAAAUUGUCAAUAGCUGUGAAAAGAAUAAUGGUGGUUGUUCCUGUCACUGUGAACAUGCAGUUGGUGGGCCCUGUUGCUCCUGUAACCAUGGACACCAACUUGAUUCAGAUGAGAAAACAUGCAUAGACCUUGAUGAAUGUGAGAGUGGAGAAGCCUGCUGGGCCCAGCUCUGCAUCAGCUACUUAGGAGGCUCUGAAUGCAGUUGUCAGGAAGGCUUUCGGAUCAGUUCUGUCGCUUGUGGAUGUGAUGCUUUAGAUGAUGAUGAGCUAAAGGAAGAAGAAGAGGAAUUAGAUAUUGUGAAGUUUCCACGUCUUCUAUUCAAGAGCCCACCUCAACUGCUUCAUUAUGUGGCCACCUCUCUGCCUCUCACCCACGAAGGUGAAGAAGAUGAGCUGCAAGAGGGGAAAGAUAUUCGAGGAGAACUGACUGCUUUGCACAGAAUUCAUACCUUCGGACACAAUUGCACGUUGAGCUGUGAGGACUGCAUGAAUGGAGGCUGGUGCCAGGAAGGAAAGAGUGGAUGCUGCUUCCCAGCUGGCUGGGGAGACAUUCUUUGUAAUGAAACUCGUUCCCCAGAGACCAGUGGGAAAGAAUAUGAUGGCAUCUGUGAUUGUCAGAACGGAGGCACAUGUGAUCCUCUGAGCUGGCAGUGCGAGUGCCCCUCAUGGGUUCAUGGGAAAACCUGUGAAGACGGAUGCCCAAAAGGAUUCUUUGGGAAGAGUUGCAAAAGGAAAUGUAACUGUGCCGACAAUGGCCAUUGCCACAGGGUGUAUGGUGCCUGUAUGUGUGAGCCAGGGCGCUAUGGGAGGUUUUGUCACCUGAACUGUCCCAAGGGAGCCUGUGGAGCUGGCUGUUCUUCAGAAUGUCAGUGUGUGGAGGAGAACACCCUGGAAUGCAGUGCCAAAAAUGGCAGUUGCACCUGCAAAUCUGGUUACCAAGGCAACAGAUGAC